AUGUCGGACCAAGAAGAUUCAGUAGAGCCGACCUCAAAUCAAAGCCAACCAACCACAAUCACUGAGCUUUUCGGCAAUGAAGGUGACACUCCCGAUGGUGGAGAUGUUUUCGCUCAACUGGGCUCGACGAGGCAGGAUCCGUUCGACCAGAUAGCGGACAGUCUCACUCAACAGGCGGAACCUCUUCAGGAAGAGGAAACGCAACUCGCCGAAGCUACGCAAUCAGCGGAAAUAAUACCUCCUCAGCAAGACGAACAUCCAUCGCCUCCUCCGGCCGAUGAACUCCCUGCUCCACCGACACACGAGACCCCAGCACUACCCCAGCCUGAAGAAGCUUCGUUGCAGCCGCCGGUUGACGAGCAAGACUUUAGUGAUCUUUUAGCAGAAUUUGAAGCUGAGAACGAGUUAGAUCCACAAGUACCGUUGUCGACAGGAGAUGAGACCAGUGAGGUUGCUCAAGAGCCUCCAUCCAAUGUCGCCCCUGUUCAUGCAGGGGCACCAAACGAGAAUGGCGAUGGAGAAAACGAAAAUCAGAGUGGUGGACAAAGUGGUGUUCUGCAAGUUCCUAUCGCUGCAUCCGCACUAUUCACCGACGAUCCAACCGACUCCUUCGCCGAUCUCAUUCCACAAGAUCCAGCCGAUGAUGCUGAACCGACAUUUUCUGGUGACAUCGAAACUACGUCGAGACCUGCAUCACCCUCUCCUGUACCAAGUCUAUCCAUUGAACAUUCUCAAGCAGAUGUUCGACCAACGGGCUUGGGCAUCGACGCUGCUGGUGAUACCUCUUUCCAGAGUAUGUUUUCUGAUGCUAGCAAUUGGCUAGGCGAUACAACUUUCGACGACUCGAUACAGGUUUUAGAUGACAAUGCGAAGGAAAUUGAUGGAAGUCACAGUCAACAAUCAGUAAAGAAGGAAGAAGAUGGGCAUGAGCUAUUAGACUUUGAGGUACCUCAAGGAUGGUACGAUGAAAGUGGAGAAUGGCACUGGUAUACUGAUGAAGAGAAGGAGCAAGUUAGGAAAACGAUGUUAGGUCAAGGAUCUUGGGGGGAAGAGGCAGAUACUACGGUAGAUAAACAAACUUCUGGGCAAAAUCAAACGCCCAUUGCUCCAUACAGCCCUGCCCUUCAGGCUGGUGUAUCGGAGAAUGCUGCUCGCCGUACACCACAGCCGGAAACUCCUUCGAAGCUGCCUAGUUACUCUUUCGAUCCAUACGCACCUUCGACAGCCCAACAGUCUGCUACCUCCACGGCUUACCCAAUGACCAGCACUUCGCAAUAUACGAGCUCUUCCUCAGGCUAUGAACCCUAUUCUGGUAUAUCAAGUGCAGCUCCAUACAGCUCUUCUUCAAGCUAUACUCCAUAUAACCCACAAGCCACGACUCAAACGCCAUACAAUGCAUAUGCUCCAGCUCAUCAGCAACAGCCUAAUCCUUAUGCUCCCACAGCUCAAGCUCCCUCCAACCCAUAUGCUCCUGCUGCCAACACGUCGUCUCACUCAUAUACACCUGCUCCCGCUAUACUUGCCAACGCCCCUCAAGCUCCAUCAGUUACCUCAAAGUCUGUUUCGUCCAAACCGCCGGUCCAAAGAAUGACCUCAAAUGCUUACGAUCCACCCUUCUUGAAGCCUCAGAAAAGCUUUGUUCGAGCACCAUCUGCAGCAGCGUCGCCUUCAUUCGGUAUGCCCCACUCCAUGGCCAUGUCGCCACCUCAGGCUAGUUCGACACCUCCACCCCUACCAUCUGGCCCACCCAAACGAACUAAACCCGAGGGAAGACCGCCGAGUCGAGGGCUAGCAUUCGCUGCUCCACCUAUACCUAUCGAACGAGCUGGCAUCAGCACGACUGCCCAGCAGAGCCACAUGUCUGCAUAUGAUGCACCGCCUCGACCUCCGUCUGUCUCGUAUAGUCGACGCUCAGUAGAUCUCAACGAUGAUCAAUCACCUAAGAAACCUCUGCAUCGACCUCCUCCCUCGGCCUUUGAUCCUCCCUUACCUGAACCGUCUUUCAGAGCGCCUUCCAGAACAACCAGCGCUGCAUCUCACCAUAAUUACGCUUCCUCACUGCAGCCAGCAUCUCAUCCUCCUAAAUUCGCUCCGCCACCCAAAGCCAGUGAAUCUACUUAUGGGCCACCUAGACCGCUGAGUGGAGGUCCCCCUUCUCGUCAGGCUUCACCCAUGUUUGCCGCUCGACCUCCUUCUCGACCAGAUGUCACCCAGCGAAUGCGUUCUCCACCUUCAAGCAACCAAUCUUUAGGUGGGGAACAGCUGCUUUCGCCUCCAAAGGUACAGGCUCAAAUCACAGAUUAUCGCAGUCGGUCGUCUUUGGAUGAGCAAAGACGAUCCCCGUUCGAAUCAAUGGGACAUCAAAGUCAUUACGGCGGUUAUCAACCUCAUCAUGUCCAUUCCACCCAAUCGCCCCCGAGUCAAUCAGAAAGGCACCUGUCUCCUCCAGUGUUAUCACGUAGAUUCGACGAGGAUGGUGAGGAUGGAGACGUUGUGGAGGACCUGUACUCUCCGAUACGAGCUCAAGCUACCCCAGGUCUUCAUCAUGAGCAAUACAGAAUGCCCACAUCACCUCAGCCGCCGCAUGCGGACAUCCAUGUAAAAGCUUUGCCACCUGCAAGGAAAACAACUUCGGAGGAUCCCUAUGCGCCAUCGUCGCUAGGCCUACAGACUCAAUACUCUCCUGAGAAGGCUCAAUCAUCCACCUCGCCCUAUGCUUCAUACGCCCCUUCGCAGCCAUCGCCCCAGAAGAGGGCACAUGCUUCAGCCUCGCAUUAUGCCUCCUAUGAACCCACUCCAGGAGUUAUCGACCUGAAUGACGAUUACUCGAAUCCACCUCAGCGAAAUGGCAACUACUCUAAUGAUCCGUAUGCUCCUUCGGCAUCCGAUAUCUCACCUACAAAGAGCCAAGGCUUUGGACAUGCGUCUCAGCCCUCUCGUGCUUCCACUACGUAUGAACCCUCCAUCUAUUCACCUCCAACGGCUACCAAACCUUUGGGUAUACCUCAGGCCACCAAUCCCUAUGCUCCACCACCUGCUCGCACUGCUUCUCCAGCAUACAGCGCCGAUUAUGGUAUAUCGCCACCCACCAAUAACUACUUCCAGCCUAUGCAUGCUCCAUCCCAUUCCAUGGACGAGACAUAUAUCCCACAGCAAGUGCUAGAGCAAAAACCAGUCAGCGAAGAUCCACUCGGUCGUACCACCUUGGCCGCUCGUAAUGCACCUAUAGCUGUGUUUGGCUUUGGUGGCACACUCAUAACUGCUUUCCCAGGAGCAGCAGAGUCAGGUACUUCUCAUAAAGGCCAUUCUAGGAUACCAUCAUACGGUUACGCCUCAGGUAGAGGUCAACUAUGGAUCAGAAAUAUCUCCGAGGUGGCUGCUCCCGCCGCGCUGAAGAGUGAUCAAACCUCUUUCCCUGGUCCCUUGGUCUUCGAUACUUCCACUCCCAAGGGUGCCGCAGGUGAUAAGAAGAAACGGGAAGCUGUGCUCGAGUACCUCAAUGCUCGAGCUGAAGAAAUUGAAAAGGGUUUGCCGUAUCUCAAAUCUUCGGCCAACAAAGCCAGAAGGGAAGAAGAGGGUAGAUUGGUAUUGAUCAAGGCGCUGAAGGCUCUUGUGAUCGGAGAAGGUAAACUGGCGGGAACUCCGGAAGUCGAAGAGGCGUUGCGGGAGGCUUUGGCAAAUCCAACUUCGCCCAUAAUCUCGAACGCGCCUGUCGGUACAGUCUCAGCUGGAAAAUUCAGCUCUUCUCUUUAUCCUCCCGCUUCGACAUCUUCGGCCGCUCCUGCUGCUGCCACUGCGGCGCAACUGACUCGUAUAUCAAGCCUUUUGGCUCAAGGAAACAAAAGAGAUGCUGCGCUAUAUGCUGCCGAUCAAGGCUUAUGGUCACACGCUUUGGUUAUCAGUAGUAAUGUUGAUGUAGAACUAUGGAGAGAUAUUGUCACUAGAUUCACGACUUCAGAAGUAGGAGAAAGACCACAAGGCACAGCAGGUAUCAAGGCUUCUUACCUCCUAUCUGGAGGUGUCAACUCUACAAUCGUGGACGAGCUUAUCAAUGCCGCUACAAUCACCGAUGAUCCUUCGAACGAUCAAUGGCGGGAAGUCAUAGGGUCAGUAUUGUUCAAUGCUAAACCGACUGAACUUGCUUGUCUCGACGAAUUGGGUUCCAGAUUCCUUUCGAUGGGAUUGGUAAAUGCCGCUCAUGCUUGCUCCCUCUUAUCCCCUGUGUCCCCGUUCUUUGACCUCACUCCCGCAGCGUUUGAACGACCAAUCACGCUUAUCCAUAACGUCCGAGACGAAGAGGCGAUCAUCUUUGCGGAGAUAGCAGAAUACGCGAGAAGUCUUGUGCCUACCCCAAAGGGUCAAGAAGCCCACUUUGCAGCGUUGCCGCAAUUGUUACCGUACAAGCUGGCUAGAGCUUGGAGAUUAGCUGAAUUGGGCGAGGCCGAGCUGGCACAAAAAUACUGUGCUGCUAUCGAAGCUGGGUCCAGGAUCAACAAGAACCUUCCAUCUCUCCUUUCCCCAGCAUAUGCAGCAAGUGUUGAAGACCUCUUGGAACGAUUGACUGGAGCACCGUCGAUCGAUCCUCCUAAUGCACUUGGAUCAGGACGAAAGGCGGCUAAACCAGGAUUUGACAAGUUAGGAUCAUGGAUAGAAGGUCGACUUACCAAAUUCAUAGCUGGAGAAGAAGGUGAUGGGUCCGCACCGAAGCCCACUGCUCAAAGUGGUAAACUUGCUGGGCCAUUCUCGCAAUUCAGUACGAUUUCCACAGGUACUAGUGGCGCACCUUCAAGAAAUACCUCGAUUGCAGAUCUCUCCAAUAAUGGCAACGGUUAUCUGGGAGUUUCUAGCGUUUCGAGAACUACUUCGCCCGCGUUGCAGAUGACGCCUCAGUGGGGGCAACAACCCAACGUACCGUCAUAUGGGGGAAGUUCUUCUUCUUCAUCCUACGGUGGCGAUAACUACACUCAACAUGAUAAUGCGGAGGGAUAUUCACCUUGGACAGGUAAUAACGAUGGUCAAGGAGGAGUGGAAACGCCACAUGCGUAUGGCGAUGAUAGCGAAUUUAUCAACCCGAUGGCUCAACUCAAUCUCGGUCCUUCCCCCGCCCCUGCACCACCUGCAUCGAACUAUCAACCGCCAAAGAACAAAUCCGCGUAUGAGGAGGAUGACGAAGAUGAUCUAGGAUUUGGUAAUUCUGCGCUGUCAAGAGAUCGAACACCUAAACCUCCAGCUGCGGGUGAAGAGAAUAAUGAUAAGAAAGGUAAAGGGAAGACACCAGAUGUGAAAGAUAGUAAACCUGAGCCGAAGAAGAAUGAUCCUCCCCCUGCUAAACCGGAGCACAAGUCAUCAUGGCUAGGAAGGAUCUGGGGUGGAAAGAAGGAAGGUGAACAAACCGGACCGGUCAAAGCGAAUUUGGGUGAAGAGAGUUCUAUGAUAUUUGAUCCUGAAUUGAAACGAUGGGUUGUCAAAGGGGCCAAACCCGAAUCUGCAGGACCAUCUGCACCCUCCCCUCCACCCAGAGCUCAGACGGCUUCACCAUCCCGAUCCGCUCGACCUGAUAAUGGUGCGAACAACAGAGCAAUGUCAGCUACUCCUCCACCAGGACAUCGACCACCUGUAUCUGGACCACCUAUCGGUAAGCCGAUGGGCGCGGGAUUCGCCGAAGGUCCAGAUGGAAGUAUAAAGAGGAUGAAAUCGUCCUUGAAUGAGAGUCUCACCGCAUCUGAUCUACCUUCUGCACCUCCACCCCCACCGUCAUCUGGUCCUCCAAGCUUCGCUGGCGCAGGUGGUCCACCCAAACCAUCCAGUAGUGCUGGAUCGAGUGUGCCGCCUUCAAGGACUAAUAGCGGUACCACCCCUUCUAUAGAUGAUUUGCUAAGUAGACCACCUAGUAAAAGACCUGCUUCGGCUGCUGCGAAGAAGGGAGCCAGAAAUAGAUAUGUCGAUGUCUUCCAACAGCCUGAAGGGCAGUAA